UAUCAAAAAAAUGUACAAACAGUUUAUGAAUGGAGUUUAAUGUUUUCCCAGGAAUUCAGUACUACAUUAACUUCCAACCUUCCAUACCUUAAAUACUUAAAUUCGUCCCAUUCCCCUCUCAACUUUCCCAACUGGCCAACGUCUUCUCUCUGUCUCUCUCUGCGCUACAGUUUUGCUCCAUUUCCUUGCUUCCAAACAAAAGCCAUCUUCCACCAUUUCAUCUCCCACCAACUCUCUUUAGAUUUUGCUUUUAGAAUGGUUUCAGAAAUCCCUUGACAGGGUUCCCCCAGAAAUCUCUUUAACCCGGAAACAUUGAACCCAUUUGGUCACAUUUCCAGUUCAGCUUCGCAUUCUUGAACAAUACCCAGAUUUGGAUCCUCGGUUUCAGCUCAGAACUCGUGUAAAGAUUGGAGCUUUACUAGGAAGACACAUGAAAAAUGGAGCACACGCAUUUGGUGAUUCUAAUCAUAGGACUGACCUCGUUUUGUGUUGCAGCUUUGGCGGUUUACAUGUGGUGUUACUGUCGGAGGAGGGGAGCUGAGGAUGUUCCAAGGGAUGUAGAAGGUGGUUUUGAGGUUAAGGAAAGAGAUGGGGUGGUGGGUAAGGAGAUUUUGAUGAGGUUUGAGGGUGGGGAAGAUCUGACUGUGCUUGAUAUCCUUGAUGCUCCUGGGGAGGUGAUAGGGAAAUCUGGGUAUGGGACUUUGUAUAGGGCUGCUUUGUUGAGGUCUAAUAGGCCUGCACUGUUGAGAUUCUUCAGGCCACCUUGCACUUUGAGCCUGAAAGAAGUGGUGCCAAUCAUUGAGCUUCUGGGGUCAAUUAGGCAUCCCAAUUUGGUACCUUUGUAUGCAUUCUAUGCAGGGCCCAGAGGGGAGAAGCUGCUGGUUCAUUCCUUUUACCGCAGAGGCAAUCUGGCUCAAUUUAUUAGAGAUGGCGUUGGCGAGGUUCACAAAUGGCCCAUCAUAUGUAGGAUCUCGAUGGGGAUUGCUCGAGGUUUAGAUUAUCUUCAUACAGCCUUUGAGAUCCCCAUAGUCCAUGGAAACCUGAAGUCGAAGAACGUACUUUUGGAUGGGCAUUUUCGUCCACGAGUGUCAGAUUUUGGCCUCCACCUCCUCCUGACUCCAACGGCUGGACAGGAGAUGCUUGAAACCGCUGCAGUUCAGGGGUACAAGGUGCCGGAGUUGAUUAAGAUGAAAGAUGCUAGUGAAGAAAGUGAUAUUUACAGCCUCGGAGUAAUCUUGUUAGAGUUGCUUACGGGGAAGGAACCGAUUGAUGAGUACACAUACCCUGCUAAAGACGACAUUUUUUUGCCGAAUGUGGUCAAGAAUGCCAUCAUUGAGGAUCGGAUUACAGACUUGUUUCAUCCGAUGGUUCUUGGCCAAAGCAAUGGUAAAAAAGAGGCGGUUGAAGAUCAUAUUCUUGAAUUGCUUCGACUUGCAAUGGAUUGCUGUUCCCCGUCGCCUUCUCUUCGGCCUACCGUUAAGGAGUUCCUCACUAGACUCGAAGAAAUUGAAAGGUAACAAUAAACGAUAAUUUUCUGCUGAAAUGUGAACCCAGUUUUCUCGACAAUCACUCGAUCAACUUGUGACACACAUUGAGGCAGCCUAGUACAGCAAUGACGAUGUUGAUUAAUCUAACAUUUGGGGUAUACCGUGCUUUGGGGAAUCAAUCUUGAAACGCCACAUUUCACAUUUCAAUCUGUUCAGUCACUAUAUUGCAAGAUUGAAAGGGAAGCUACAAGAAUUAUGAAGCUGGCCCUUGAUCUUUUCCUGCUCGAAAUGAAUACCAGAUUUCUUUAUCAUAGGGAGUUUGCUUGCUUGCAAGAAAAUUCACGGGGUUAUUAGAAUGGAGAGGCCGAAAGAUUCUUUAGCCAAAUUCUUGUAAUCUAAUGACAUUCGAUUUUAUCAGAAUAUCUCAGAACUGAAGAUGAUGACACUCAUAUCUUGAAUCUGCAGGCCAUCCUACAGUUCAGAACUACACGGAGUUUGUCAAACUUAUAAGAGAUUAGAUCUUACUGUAUACAUUUGAUGAUUAUAUAUAAAUCAUAUGCUAAUUUCUUUUCAUUCUGGUUGUCCUCUUGAAACUAUGGAAAAUUUAUGACA